AUGGCUGAGAUUCGCGCGAGGACCAGUUGCGAGCCUUGUCGGAAGCGCAAAAUCAAGUGCGAUGCGGGAUUGGGCGAGCGUGAUGUGCCAGGUCCUCAUCUCGAGCAUCGCUCGGCGCCCGCGACUACGCUCGACUCACGAGUCAAGAAGCGGAGGUUCUCCCCCGAUCCCCUCCCCCAGCCUUUCAGUACGACCCCGGCGGACAUCAGGGCGAUGAAAGCGUCAGUGCGGCAGCUACAGGCCAAUAUCGAGGCGCUAGAGACAAAGCUGGAGGUGAAGGUGGCCGAGACGGACGAUCCGCAAGAGAGAGCGAACUGGAACAGGAUACGGGUGAUCAUACCGGACAAGGCGGUAGUGGAAGUACUAUUGGAGUACCUAUUGCAGGAGUGCGAUUGGCUAUGGCAAUGUCGGGAUAUUGUUGCCCUAUGGCAGACCACCAUUGCGCGCAAAGGCGUAUCCUCCUCGCUCGCCGGCCUACUCUGCAUGUCGCUCGCCAUCCCAUGCCUCUUCCUCGGACCUUACCAAACCCCCUUCUACCGACUACCUAUCGAUACGGCCAAAGUCCACCCCAUCCUCUUCGAGGCUGCUCGAAGCUUCACGUCCAACGCGAGGACCCUCGAAGAGCUCGAGCUGCUCGAGGUGCUCACCACCUACUCGGUCUUUGUCGGCCGGCAAGAUCAGGUGACUGGGGUGCUGAUGUCCGCGAUGGACAUUAUCACACGUGAUGGAUGGCUGGAUGAGAACAGUCAGACCUGGCAAGAUCUGACUGGAGAAGGGAGAUUGCGGGCUAGGAAGGUCCUAUCCGAGAUUGUUGCAGCUUACAAAUGGAGUCGUCUCAUGUCACCCGAUCUUCCUCGUAACCUGCGCAUCAACCUCUGCCGCCCCAGUCCCCCUAUCGGCACACUACAGGCCCCUAUCAAACUCGCACUCCCGGGGCAAGUGGACCUCCCACUUCGCCUUUUCCGCCUCCGGUCCGAGGAGGAAUUUCACCUCAAUACAGUCUUUCGCGAUACCAUGCUAGACUUCAGCGACGUCCUCCUCCGGGUCCGUCAGCUCCUGGAGCUAUCUGCGAGCAAUGCUCCCGCGGAAGAGACCCUCAUGCAGGCGGGACGGUUGCAGCAGGAGCUACAGGAUUGGCGGCAGGUCAGGGUGCCGAAUGCUGGUCUCAGGCUGCUGGGCGUAUCGGAUGUCGACUUUGACUCGCCGGCAGCCUGUCAUCGGAUCGCUCGCGGUCUCACCCUACAUCAUGCCAUCGGGUGCGCCGAAGGGAUCGUCACACGUCAUUGGUUGACGGUUGGGAGGCAAGGAUCACCUCUACAGCAACACCUCCACGACGAGUGUCUACACAACGCUCAGCGGUCGUUCGACAGUAUACCCCUGGUCCGAGCCAUGCUCGCUACCCGUCAUGCCCCCUUCGUCGCCACCUUUAUCAUCUGCGGUCUCUUCAAUGCGGCGACUUGCUUCGCGAUCCCCCUCCUCCGCGCCGUACACUCUAUGCCGGUCAGCAACACCGAGGAGACCAUCAAAAGUCUCCCAGAGUGGCCAGAGGCGCUGCUGACGGGGUACGCCCCGAAAGCAAGUCCGGCCUCGGCCAACUCUCCGCCGACGCACUAUCCAGAGGAGGACAUCAAGCGGUACGCCAACAACAUCCUCGUCGUGCUCGACAUGCUCUCGGUGCUCAACGCUCUACCGUGCGGAAGACUCGCGCAGGAUCGUCUCGAACGGCUCGUUCAGCAGUACGACUUGCGCAGCGCACCGCGGCGGCAUGAGGAGAUGAACGGUGCGGCGGGCUGGCAGCCUGAUCCCUUCCAGCCAUGGACCGCCCCGGGAAUCAACAGCGUCAAUACGGUCGCACAGAGCUUGAAUGGCGGAAACACAGGGGAUGGGUGGCCGAUGGCGUUGCCGGAAGCUCUCGACCCGUUCCCGGGAAUGUGGGAUGAGCUGCUCCAGCUCGAUCCUUGUAUCUGGGAGGAUCUAUUGAAGGGGCCGGUCAGCUGA